AUGAGACUUAAUGCAGUGGAAAAGAUCGUGGACCAACGAGAAAGAUUUAUAGCACAUCGUGAACUUAAACUAGCUGCAGAAAAUUGCAACACUCAAUAUGAGAUGUUUCUUAAGUGCAUGAAAAAUUACUCCAUCAGCAGAUCUCAUACCAAAUGGUACUUUAAUUGCAAGUCACAACGCUAA